UUCCGAAUCGUAAACCCUAACCCUAAAACCUUAACGCCGCCAACAUCCCAUGGCCUCCUGCGAUGACGACUUUCCUAUCCUCGGUGACGAAGCUCAAUCCCACCACCCACAGGCCCAGCAGCAGCAGAUGCGAGCUUCUGCUUCCAUGGCCGCCGGUGGUGCCGCCGCCAGUGUUCUUUCCUUUCCUGCUAACCGCUACCUCUCCGAAGUGACCGUGCCGAUCCAUUCGCGUUCUGGUCCAUUCGAUGGAAAGAAAAUUUCUACUGGCUCUGUGGGCGAUGACGAAGAUCACGACGGAUACGGCGAGGCAUUCGCCUCGACAGAUGUGAACCCACACAGUCAUUGCUUUGCCGACGACGACCCCGUACCAGACCCCUUUGAUCCGCUUCAGCCUCGCCAGAAUGAAGGCUCCAGCGGGGAUGAUAGCUCUGAUCACAAGUCUCGCGCUGCCGCGGCUUCGGUUUCUCACUUUAACUAUCCACAUCAGCGGCUGCUCGCACCUCUUGCGGAAGCCAGGCGCAGGGAUCGGGACGAGCUCAGCGAUGAAGAAGGUCCCUUUGGUUACAACACUGGCAACAAGAGGUCGAGGUCGUCUUCGGUGGCGCCGUCAUCGUCCAGUGAUUAUCGGAAGGAUCGGGAGGAGUGGAGCGAUUCGGCCAUUGGGUGUCUUCUGGAUGCCUUUACUGAGAAGUAUGUACUGCUUAACCGGGGAAACUUGAGGGGAAGGGAUUGGGAGGACGUCGCCACUACGGUAAGUGAGGGAUGCGAUAAGCAGAAAUCGGGUAAAACUGUGGAGCAGUGCAAGAACAAGGUUGAUAACCUCAAAAAGCGUUAUAAGGUUGAAUGUCAGCGCCUUUGUAGUGGCAGCAUUGCUGUCAGCCAUUGGCUAUGGUUCAAGAAGAUGGAGUUGAUUGUGGGUUCCUCUUCCAAAAAUGCUGUGGGUGAUGAUAAAGCUCCUGCACUUGGAGAUUCCAGUCCAGUUUCGAGACAGAUGAAGAGAUAUCCUGGCACUUCACCUGGUUCAGCUAGCUUAACGAGUAACAUUAAGUUAAAAUCACUACCAAAUCCAAGAUGGAAGAGAGUUGUUUUGAAAAUUAGUGGUGCUGCAUUGGCCGGAACCGGUUCACAGAAUGUUGACCCAAAGGUGAUGAUGCUGAUUGCUAAUGAGGUUGCUAUGGCAAAUAAUGUUGGAGUUGAGGUUGCGGUGGUUGCAGGAGGUCUAAAUUUUUUCUGUGGCGACUCUUUGGUGGCUGCCACUGACACAGACAGAACUACUGCAUGCCAAAUAGGCAUAAUGGCAUCAACCAUGAAUGCUAUAUUGCUCCAGGCAUCAUUAGAGAAGAUCGGCAUCGAAACUCGUGUCCAAACCCCAUUUAUGAUGCAAGAAAUAGCCGAUCUAUACAUUCGGCGACGAGCCAUCCGCCAUCUUGAAAAAGGACGGAUCGUCAUAUUUGGAGGGAUUGGGUUUGGAACGGGAAAUCCUCUCGUCACCACCGACGCGGCUGCGGCUCUGAGAGCCUCAGAGAUUAACGCAGAUGCUGUGCUGAAAGGCAUCAUUUCAGACGAUGUAAAUGGCUCUCAUUCCAGGAAUGGAAGCUCUGGAUUUGAGCACAUCUCUUUCAGGGAUUUCGUCUCCAGAGGUUUCACAUCCAUGGAUGUGACUGCGGUUUCGUUCUGUGAAGAAAGCAAUAUUUCUGUUGUUCUGUUUAACCUUCUGGAACCUGGCAAUAUUUCAAGGGCGCUCUGUGGAGACCAAGUUGGCAUCCUUAUUGACCAGUUGGGGAUAGUUAGUUAGCUGAGCUUUUAUACCGUUAACCGCAGCUGCUUUCUUCGGCUGUUUGAUUUCUUUCUUUUUUGCUUUGGGCUGGUUUUAUGUGGAUUUGGUUCUGCAAUUUGUUUUUCUUUUCUGCAGGGAGGGUAGAUUAGAAAAAUUUUCAUUCAUGUUAUGCAACUGGGAAAUUUGACAUGAAUGAUCAUGUUACCUGAUGAUAUGCAGAUGAAUUGGAAAGAACAAUUGGGAUCACAAUAUGGUGCUCUUUAUC